AUGGCAAUGAUAUCACUUGACACCUUGGAACCAAUAAACUCACUAGAAUUAGAACCAAGUAACUCACUAGAAUCCAAUGAACAACGUAAUAUGUUUUUAUCAAAUUUUGGUUUAAUAUCUGACGAAGCAUUAACAUUAAACAAAGUUAAGCAACAUGACAGUCCUGCAAGAGAUGAUUUCAUGAUACUGCACAAAACAAUGCAUUUACGAAGACGUAAACGGGCCGUUCAACCCCUAGCACGAUGCCCAACAAUUCCAUUAACAUCACCUGCUGGUGAACUGUUAAUACGUGCUACAGAAGCGAACGUUACAACAGAUUAUAUCACUAAACGUCUCGUUCAUUUGGAUCGAUUUUGUCAAGCACCAUUGUUAUUGAAAGGUGAUCCAACAGGAUGGUAUCAUAUAUAUAAAUAUCCACGACGUCAGCAUUUACAACGUCACCGUAAAGAGGAUCUUGAUUUCUUCAAUGGGGAACUCAUUAAACAGUGUCGACCACUCAAAGUACGAAUCAAGAAACUUAAUUAUCAGGAAGUUAAACAAACAAAUAAGUCACCUAUGGAUAGUGGUUCAAAACUGAAUAUUAAAAAAAUCCUCAAAAAUAGUCAUAAUGCAAAAUGCGAGAAAUCAGCAGCCAACCAAAUACUUGUUGAUACAAUUGAUUUAUGUUCAUCUGAUGAGGACGAAGGCGGCGCAAAACCAAAUUCGCAUUCAAAUAAAGCAAUAAAGCAAUAA